CAACCCUUAAAUUUCGUGAUUAUUUUCAAAAUUGUGUAGAGUUUAGAACAUGCCUUUCGGUUUGUGAGCAGGAGUGCGAAAUGUUGGUCCACCUGAUGACCCUGGGCCUCGGCCUCUUGGUCCACUUCGUCCUGGGGAUAUCGGGGGAGUACGAGGCAGCGAACUGCUCCAAUCCCUUCACUGAACUCACCGCCUGUGGCAGUUUCUCCCCGAACGGAUGCUGUGCCAAGGGAUGCGUGAGGAACCUGCGGGGCAGAUGCGUCCAGGAGCAGUGCACGUCGUCCUGGACCGCCUGGCUCCGGAAGCCGGUGACCAUGAGCUGCUACUUCCACUGGUUCCUGCUCAUCUUUGCCGCGAUCAUCACCGCCAUCAUGAUGGGCCUGGUGGUGUGCAACGUGGGCUUCGAGCUGAGGCGCUACUUUCGGCAGCGGAGGGUCGAGCGGUUCAGGCGCUUCAGGGACCUGAGUGGCGUCUCCAUCGGAUCCACUCAGUGCUAAGGGGAAUCAGCACGUGUGUGUGGGGAUAAGUACGGGAAGUGCCCGAGGGAUUUGGCCAUAAUCUGCAAUACAUUAGCGGCAGCUUUGCUCUGGAUUCCAAUUCAAUUCUUUGGGUUUUGCCCGGGCCAUGAAAUACUUGCGGCCGAGGUUCGCUUUUGGGAUGCUCGCAUUUGCCGAAAGCAAAUAAUAAUAAAUGGCUCCGCAAGCGAAAUGCUUUGUGGAUGUGGCUGAGCAUGUGGAUGUGGAUAUAUGCCCUCCGGGGUGACACCUCUCUAGUCGAAGGUGAUGCCGGAAUUUAGAUGGCGACGGAGCCGAGUCAAAGGUGCAAUAACCCAACCGAAGGGGCACAUAAAACUAAAUGGCUGCGGGUUGCGUUGGCAGUCCUCUCGAACCCAAAACCCCAACCACCAUUGAACCCCCGACUCCUUUCCCUUGGAAUUCAGUUGCUAUUGCGGUGGAGAUAACACCCAUAAGGGUACACUCAAGUUCACUAAAAGAGCAGCGAAUGGUAAACUAGGAAAAAUCAUGUGAAUAUGGCUUGGGAAAAUAUAUAUUUGAU